AUGACUUCAACAAAUCAAGAUCAAGAUCGUGUUCCUUUGCUAUCGAUAAAUUCAUUAUCUCAAAUUUAUGAUUCAAUAAAUUUACCGGAUCAAAUAAUUCGAUAUCAAGCAUUCAUUCAAAAAUUUCAAAGUCUAUAUAAUAAACAGCCAAGUUUUAUUGUAAGAUCACCUGGAAGAGUCAAUAUCAUUGGGGAGCAUAUUGAUUAUGCAGGGUUCGGUGUAUUACCAAUGGCAAUAAGCCGUGAUUUACUUAUUGCUGUUUAUGUGGUUGAAGAUGAGAGUUCUGUGAAAUUAGCUAAUGUUGAUAAUGAAAAAUACAAGACAAGGACUUGGGAAUUUGAAGGUGAUAACAAUAAGAUUGUAGAAAUUAAACUUGAAGAUGGUGUGGUUGAAUGGAGUAAUUAUUUUAAGUGUGGAUAUAAGGGAAUAAUAAAAUAUCUUGGGUUAGAAAAACCCAAAGGGAUGUAUUGUCUAGUCGAUGGAAGUAUACCACCUGGUUCAGGAUUAUCAAGCUCGUCGGCUUUCGUUUGUUCUGCUGUUCUAGCAACAAGCUAUGCGAAUGGUACUGAAUUAAGCAGGAAGCAAAUCACAGAAAUUUCAAUAGAUUCAGAAAGAUUGGCUGGACUUUGUUAUCAAGAAAAUGAGAUCACUAUAGAAUAUACAUUGACAGCACAUGUAUACAGCACAUCAUCAAGUGGACAGCAUUUCUACAGUGAAGUAAUUUGA